GGAAAGAAAAUAGAAAUAAUUUUUCAUAACAAUACAGACUGGGAUAAAGGAGCAUUACUGUAUUACAACUAUUUAUUUUUAGAUUCUUUAAAGGCAAAGAACGUAUUUAAAAUUGAAAAUAUCAAGGUAUCAAAUAUAUAUGUUGAUGGCCCUUACUUUUUAAAUGGAUAUAAGACAAAGAUGUUGGCUCCAAACUCACUUGUUGACUCUUAUUAUAUCGACUUGUGUUAUGAAAAUAUUGGUCCCAAAAUUGAACAAUUUCAAAAUACCUUAAAAUCAUACAAAGCAUGUGGAAAAUCAUUCAAAAUAGGUUUAAAAUCAUUCUUACUACAAUAUGAAGAUAUCAACACCUUAAUUCAAUUUUUAGAAUGUUUAUCAGACGAAAAUGAAAUCGAAAUAUUACAACUUUCACAACCUAAAACAAUAACUAAUCAAAUUAACAAUAUAUUUCAAUACAUAUCAAAUGAAAAACAUUUAGCCUCAGUUCAAAAAAUUGUAUUUACAAAUUCAAUUCCUAGCUAUAAAGAUAUUGAUACAUUUUCAUUUCAACCAUAUCAUGAUUUCAAAUUUACAGAAUUUAAUAGAACAAUUCAAUUCUCCCCAACAAAAGCACACUUUGAAUAUUUAGAAAAAAAGAAAUAUUUAUUUAAUAAUAAAGAUGAAGAGAAUGAAGAAAGCGAAGAAGAUGAAGAUGAAGAUGUAGAAUUUGAAGAUUAUGAAGAAAAUUUCACAAAUUAACAAUUUUAAAAUUUAAAAAAAACAAGAAAAAAAAAAAGAAUAAAUAAAUUUGUGUUGCAUAUGAUUCACGUUUUUAUCAUUACAG